AAUGCUGUGUGCUUCACAACUGUCUCGGGUAGUGCUGGGUGUAAACUGUAAUGCUCUUGUGGGUCUAUUCGGGCAUCAGAAUCUUCCCAAAAAGUUCAAUUCUGAUGAUCCUUGGAGCACUGUUCUGCAGAACUCGUGAUUCUACAUAACUCUUUGGGAGAAGUGAACUUCAACAUUCAUCCAGUCACUGAACUGAUGAAGGUUUCCUGUGCAAAGCCAAUGUGAUCGAUAAGAUGGAGACCUUUUGGGCAGGAAAUAUUAUAACACAAGGCGACAACACCCAAGCUGGAGGAGAGCAGGAAACAUUUCCAUUCAUGGAUCAUCAGAGAACAGAAAUCAUACAGAAGGAAACAAUAAUUAAACAGAGUGAUAUCAGAACAGAUAUCUGUGAAGGAAUUGGCUCAAAGGAUCCAUCCAUGGAGAAGAAGCAAACAGCAAUGAUUGAAGAUGUAUCUACUCUGCAUUCAGAUAAACGCAAAGAAAUCUUUUUGCAAAGAAUUGGCUACUUGUCUGGUGAUAUGAGAGAAUUUGGUUACUGGAUGAAAGAAAAGAACAUCAUUUUUCAACUUAUUGACUGGAACCUCCGUGGAAUUGCUCAGGUGAUGUUUGUCAACAACCCACUGAGUGGUAUCAUUAUUUUGGUGGGACUGAUUGUACAAAAUCGAUGGUGGGCACUAAAUGGCUUCAUUGGAACAGUGUUCUCAACUGUGGCAGCAAUUUUGCUCAGUCAGAACAGAUCCGCAAUUGCAGCAGGGCUUUAUGGAUACAAUGGCACUCUGGUUGGUCUUUUGAUGGCUGUGUUUUGUGAUAAAGGAGAUUGGUAUUGGUGGUUAAUCGUGGCUGUAAUCUUCAUGUCAAUGAUAUGUCCUGUUAUUUCAAGUGCCUUGGCUGCUGUGAUGGGCAAAUGGGAUCUACCUGUAUUCACUCUGCCUUUUAAUAUAGCUGUCGGAUUGUACAUGGCUGCAACAGGACAUUACAACCAGCAUUUUCCUCAAAUUUUUAUUGGACCAGUGACUUCGUCACAAAACAUUACAUGGUCUGAUCUCAGUGUUUCAAUGCUUGUGAGAGCUAUCCCUGUUGGUGUUGGACAAGUGUACGGCUGCGACAAUCCGUGGACUGGUGGUAUUUUCCUUGUUGCAUUAAUUAUCUCAUCUCCAAUCAUAUGUCUCCAUGCUACAAUUGGAUCUACUGUGGGUAUAUUGGCAGGGUUAACACUUGCUUCACCAUUCCAAAAAAUCUAUGAUGGAUUAUGGAGCUAUAACUGUGUUCUGGCCUGUAUUGCAGUGGGAGGAAUGUUCUAUGCCCUUACAUGGCAAACACACCUCUUGGCAAUAAUAUGCUCACUCUUCUGCGCCUACUUAGGAGAAGCCCUCAUGAACAUAAUGUCUGUGGUUGGAUUGCCUGCAUGCACUCUGCCUUUCUGCCUCUCCACAGUUACAUUUCUGCUGAUGACAACCGAUAAUAAAGCCAUCUGUAAAGUCAGUCUGUCUGAAGUGACCUACCCCGAGAAGAACAUCAGAAUUUACCAAGAAAUGAAAAAAAAUGAACAAAGUAAAUGAAAAGAGUAUAAUUCAAACAGUGUUAAUGAGAAGAACUACUGAGUACAAGAGAAAUAUAUAUGCAAUGCUUCCCUUUUAAAUACACAUAGCCUAUUAUAUAACCUGCAUAUUGUAUAAAUGCCUCAAAUACCGUGAUAUUUUCCACAGAUGUAAUCUGUGCCAUAUAAAAGAAUAUAUUCAUAUUUUUGAUGCAUUUAUCAUUGCCCACAUCAUUGGAUUGCUCCAAUUCUAACUACUGAUGUUGGAAAGUUAAUUAGAUGCCUGACAUUUGAGUAAAAUCCAUCCAUGUAUUUGCAGAAUUCAAUUUGACUGCUCCUCAAUGAGUUAGUGUAUUGAAAGAAAUUGGACUUCCAAAACAAAAACACAAAUAAAUAGACAUCGUGUCCCAGGGUACUUGACAGAGGUAGAAGCAAACAAAGAUGGGUUUGAAAAAAAGGAGUUAUCAGAAAGGUUUGGCUGAGAUGGUGAGUUUUAAGAAGUACCUUCAAGUAAGGACAGGAGAUGGAGAAGCAGACCAAAUCUUGUCCCAAAAUGGACAGAAGGAUGAAACUGAAAGAUACACAAUUGAAAACUAAUUGAGGUUGGAAGUGAGCAAAAUAUUAAGACAAGAUAAGGAACCAGUGAUUAUUUUUGAGACUUUCAUGGGAUGUAGAUUUUGCUGCCAACUCAGUAUUUGUUGCCCAUGUCUAAAUGACUCACUUAGCCAUUUCAGAGUUAAUCAUGUUUCUAUGGGUCUGGGGUCACAUAAAGGCUUGGAGGAAGUGAGGACUGCAGAUGCUAGAGAUCAGAAUCAAAAUGUGUGGCACUAGAAAAGCACAGCAGGUCAGCAGCAUCCAAGGAGCAGGAGAAUCAAUGUUUUGGGCAUUAGCAUUCUUGAUGAAGGACCUCUGUCGGAAAUAUCGGGCAUGUUCCUGAUGAAGGGCUUAUGCACGAAGCAUCGACUCUUGGAUCCUUGGAUGCUGCCUGACCUGCUAUGCUUUUCCAGCACCACACCCACAUAUAAACUAGCCCAGUUAAUAAUGACAGGUUUUCUUCCAAAGAGACCUUCAUGAAGUAGAUGGGUUUUAAAAAAUCAACAGUAGCUUUAUGGUCACCAAUACUGGGGCUAACAUUUAAAUUCCAGAUUUAUGAAUUCAAUUUUAAAUUGCACCAGACGCUGUGAUAGCCUUGAAACCAUACCCCCACCUGGAAUACUAAAUAAGUAAAACCACCAUUACCAGCACACCACUGCCACUGCCUCCACUUGUCAAAAAACAUAAGCCUGAUGUUGUUGCUGUAAAGAAAAAUUGAUAAUUUUAUAGAUUCCUUUGAGUGUUCUUGCAUUAUGACUUAUCAAACAUUUGGGCACACUGUCAGAUUGCUGCUAUUGCCAAACCAAAUUGUAACUUGAGACAGUACCUCCAAAACAGGUGAGAAAACUGGAGAAGGAAAGAGGUUUUUUUACCUUUAUGUGAUCCUGAUCAAUGCAAGGCUGCUAUGGAUCCACAGGGCAUUAAAAAUAUACUAAUGCAA